AUGGCCAGCGCAACACAACCGGCACAUCUGAAGCUGGAACGAUUCGGAACCGUCCUGCGAGUAACUAUCAACAAUCCGCGCAAAAAGAAUGCACUCAACAAGCAGACGUACCAGGACCUGGGAGAUACGCUAAACGCCGCAAACAAGGACGAUGGUAUUAAUGUGGUAGUAAUAACCGGGACCGGUGAUUUCUACAGCUCCGGCAACGAUAUGGUAUCGGCGGUGGCGGACGAAGGAUCGGUCGAAGAAAAGCUUGCCCGUGGAAAUGCUAUUUUGCGCGAAAUGGUUCAGGCAUUUAUUUCGUUCGACAAGCUACUGAUUGCCAUCAUCAACGGACCGGCAAUUGGAAUUGCAGCCACCACCGCACUUUUGUGCGAUGUAGUGUAUAUGGUUGAUACGGCCUAUUUCUACACCCCGUUCACAAAGUUGGGCCUAUGUGCGGAAGGAUGCUCGUCGUACACGUUCCCACUGCUGAUGGGUCGCAGCAAGGCGUCGGAAAUGUUGCUGCUCAACCAUCGGAUGUCUGCACAGGAAGCGCUACAGUUCAACGUUGUCGGAAACGUAUUGAAGCGGGAUGAAAUCGAGAGCAAACUGUGGCCUCAGAUACUGGAGUACGGACGGCUGCCGAUCGGUUCGAUCAAGGCGGGCAAGAUGCUGAUCAAUCGCUUCCAGCGCGAGAAGCUGUACGAAGCAAACGAUCGUGAAACGGAAGCGCUAAUGGAUCGCUACCAGACGGAGGAAUCGAUGAAUGCGGUUAUGGAGUUUAUGAUGCGGAAAAGCAAAAUGUAACGAACGCGUCAUCUUGAAAUGCAAAUACAGUCGUGUCGGCUUAGGUUGGUUGU